AUGAAUAACAACAACAACACGAUGAUGUUAGCAGGAGGCGGUGGCGGAAGAGGGAAUGGAAGCGGUGGCAUCGGCGGAAGUGGCCGGUCGUGGCCGUCGGCGUCAUCCGUCUCCGCCUCCGGUAAGAGAAUACAGAAAGAGCUGUCGGAGCUGAAUACGGACCCGCCACCUGAUUGUGCCGCCGGCCCCAAAGGCGACAAUCUCUACCACUGGGUCGCAACUCUCUUCGGUCCCCCUGGGACACCUUAUGAAGGAGGCAUAUUUUUCCUUGAUAUAACAUUCCCUUCCGAUUAUCCUUUUAAACCCCCUAAGGUUGUGUUCAAAACAAGAAUCUACCACAGUAACAUUGAUCCUAAUGGAAAUGUUAGUUUGGAUAUGCUGAAUGAUGGAUGGAGCCCAGCUCUUACCAUCUCAAAAGUACUUUUAGCACUUAGAUCGAUACUUGUCAACCCUGAUGCAUAUAAACCCCUUGUUCCUGGUAUUGCCCAUUUAUACUUGGCCGACCGGGCAAAGCAUGAUGAGCUGGCUGCCGAGUGGACGCAAAGAUUUGCAAAGUUAGAUGUUUGUGAUAUUGAUGGUUCAAUAAGAAUGUGA